AUGGACCGUUCGAAACCCCAAGCUUUUCAAUCAUCCUACGCGCCUCGCCUCCGCGCCUACAACAACUCUCUCCUGACGCCUGUGCUGCCGAGUGCCCCUACAGGACCCCUCUCGAGAACAACGAAACGAGGCACCACAAUCAUCAACUACGCCGAGGAUGGCUACGACGACUUGGAAGACGAUAGUGACGACACCCGCCGUCGGCCGACCGGCUUGAGAAGUCUGCGCAAGGAAGAUUCUGCAUCCAGACAAGAUCUGGCUGAGAAGGCUGGCAAGGACACCAAGGAGCCUGUUGAAGUUCAGGGCAUCUGGCGAGACUGGAUGGGCAAGAACCGAGCACUCAAAAGCGAUCAACAAAAUGCCGCGCAAGCAAGCCUCCCCCUCACACUGAUUCCUAUACGAAUCGAUCUCGAUAUUCCAGCAUUCGUCCCUGCUGCGGCGUUUCCUAUUCCAAACACCGCCGCCGUUGACAGCUCGCUGCCCCAGUAUCGACCGGGGGAGAUGACAGUUCCGUACAAGCUUCGAGAUAUCUUUUGCUGGAACUUGCAUGAAACACUUAUUACUACGGAUCAGUUCGCUCAGACUCUUGCCCAGGACUUGGAUUUGCCUAAUCGGGGCGUUGUGGUUGCGGAGAUUAGCAAGCAAAUUAGAACCCAGCUAGAAGAGUAUGCUGGCGUUGCGCUUCAUCCCCUGUUUCACACGGAGCAAUAUGCGUCGGCACCCGCGCCGGCUGCCACGGCUGGUGCCAACGGAACUGCAGUUGGAACACCAAGACCGAAUUUGAUGAUGAAAUCAAGGGAAGACUCGCCCGCCUCGAUGGCGAGAGGGAUUUCGCGACCUGAUACUCCUGCCCGAGUUGGUGGCGGCCCAGCGACUCCGUCACAAGCUCCAGCACCGAACGUCACGGCAGAGGCUACACCAAUCUUACCGGACUCUGACGACUACAACCCAGAUGACACCUACCGAUGUAUCAUCAAUCUCAGUCUCAAUCUCUCGUCCAUGCUGUAUACGGACAAAUUUGAGUGGUCACUGCUGCACCCCCCGGGCACAGCUGAAGCGUUUGCAAAGACUACUUGUGCUGAUCUAGGGUUAACUGGUGAAUGGAUACCGGCCAUGACCCACGCCAUUUAUGAAGCUGUUCUACGACUGAAGAAGGAGGCCUGCGAAGCAGGUGGCCUGGUUACUGGAUGGGGCGGAAUACAGCAAGAUUUACCCAACGACGCGGCUCUCGGCACUGAAGCUGGUUGGCGAUAUGAUCCCGACCACCUGGCGGAUGACUGGGAGCCCAAGGUGGAAAUCUUGAGUAAAGAGGAGAUCGAAAAGAGAGAAGGCGAACGCGAACGAGAAGCCCGUCGCUUGCGUCGUGAGACAGCGCGAUUCAGCUCCACGGCUGGCAUGCUGGGCGGCACGCCCUUCGGCGCCCCUGCGGAAAUCGAGGAGGAGAGAAUGGGCAGAGGCGAACGAUCAAAGAAGAAGCGGCGAUUCAGAAGUCUUAGUCCCCUCAACCGCAGCGGCACGCCUGGGGGCCGUGGAACCCCUGAUGUUGGAGGGUACGGCGGUGGAGGUGCAUUGACGGACGUUGAGAGACACACAUGGAGAUGUACACACUGUCGAGUAUGGGGAACAAGUGUCUGGGCAGUGCGCGACGGUCCUGCCGGUCCCAAGUCUCUAUGCGCAAACUGCGGGUACUCGUACGAGCGCGAUCGCAAACUCCCACGCCAAACCAAAAACCUGCACCUGCAAGACCUUCGAGCGGCCUAG